UAUCGCUACCAAGAUGAGGACAGCCCGCCCCUGGAGCAGAGCCCGGCGCAUCUCCCCAACCAGGUAAAGGCCCCCGAGCUCGUCCACGUCUCGGAGAAGAACUUGUCCCAGAUCGAGAACGUCCACGGCUACGUGGCCCACUCCCACGUCUCCCCCAUGAAGGCGAAUUCUCCGCCCGUCAUCGUCAAUACGGACACGCUGGAGGCGCCGGCGUAUGUGAACGGGACGGAGGGGGAGAUGGAGUACGAAGAAAUCACGUUAGAACGGGGUAACUCCGGGCUGGGGUUCAGCAUUGCCGGGGGGACGGACAACCCCCACAUUGGGGACGACCCCAGCAUCUUCAUCACGAAAAUCAUCCCUGGGGGGGCAGCGGCUCAGGACGGCCGCCUCAGGGUGAACGACAGCAUCCUGUUUGUGAACGACGUGGACGUGCGAGAGGUGACGCACAGCACGGCGGUCGAGGCGCUGAAGGAAGCCGGCUCCAUCGUCCGGCUCUACGUCAUGCGGCGUAAGGCCCUGGCCGAGAAGGUCAUGGAGGUGAAGCUGAUCAAGGGGCCCAAAGGUUUGGGGUUCAGCAUCGCGGGGGGCGUCGGGAACCAGCACAUCCCCGGGGACAACAGCAUCUACGUCACCAAGAUCAUCGAGGGGGGGGCCGCCCACAAGGACGGGCGCCUCCACAUCGGGGACAAGAUCCUGGCGGUGAACAACGUCAGCCUGGAGGACGUGAUGCACGAGGACGCCGUGGCCGCGCUGAAGAACACGUACGACGUCGUCUACCUGAAGGUGGCGAAACCCACCAACCUGUACCUCAACGACUCCUACGCCCCGCCCGACAUCACCACCUCGUACUCCCAGCAUCUGGACAAUGAAAUCAGCCACCAGAGUUACCUGGGGACCGACUACCCCCAAGCCAUGACCCCCACCUCCCCCCGGCGCUACUCCCCCAUCCCCAAGGAGAUGAUGGGGGAAGAGGACAUCCCCAGGGAACCCCGCCGGAUCAUCAUCCACCGCGGCUCGACGGGCCUGGGAUUCAACAUUGUCGGGGGCGAGGAUGGCGAAGGAAUCUUCAUCUCCUUCAUCCUGGCUGGGGGGCCGGCUGACCUGAGUGGGGAGCUGCGGAAAGGGGACCAGAUCCUCUCGGUGAACGGGGUGGAUCUCAGGAACGCAACCCACGAGCAGGCUGCCAUCGCUCUGAAAAAUGCUGGGCAGACGGUGACGAUCAUCGCACAGUAUAAACCUGAGGAGUACAGCCGCUUCGAGGCCAAAAUCCACGACCUGCGGGAGCAGCUGAUGAACAGCAGCCUGGGCUCCGGGACGGCGUCGCUCCGCAGCAACCCCAAGCGGGGCUUUUAUAUCCGGGCGCUCUUCGACUACGACAAGACGAAGGACUGCGGGUUCCUGAGCCAGGCGCUGAGUUUCCGCUUCGGGGACGUGCUGCACGUGGUGGACGCCUCGGACGACGAGUGGUGGCAGGCGCGGCGGGUCCACCCCGACGGGGAGGGGGACGAGAUCGGCUUCGUGCCCAGCAAGAGACGGGUGGAGCGCCGGGAGUGGACGCGGUUAAAGGCCAAGGAUCGGGUGCCAGGAUCGGGCUCUCAAGGCCGGGAAGAUUCGGUGCUGAGCUACGAGAGUGUGAUGCAGAUGGAAGUGCACUACGCUCGCCCCAUUAUCAUCCUGGGGCCCACGAAGGACCGAGCCAACGACGAUCUGCUCUCCGAGUUCCCUGACAAGUUCGGCUCCUGCGUCCCCCACACCACGCGGCCGAAGCGGGAGUACGAGGUGGACGGGCGGGACUAUCACUUCGUGGCCUCGCGGGAGAAGAUGGAGAAGGACAUCCAGGGCCACAAGUUCAUCGAGGCCGGACAGUACAACAGCCACCUGUACGGGACCAGCGUCCAGUCCGUGCGCGAGGUGGCCGAGCAGGGCAAGCACUGCAUCCUGGACGUCUCGGCCAACGCCGUGCGGCGGCUCCAGGCCGCCCAGCUCCACCCCAUCGCCAUCUUCAUCCGGCCCCGGUCCCUGGAGAACGUCCUAGAAAUCAGCAAGCGGAUAACGGAGGAGCAGGCGCGAAAAGCCUUCGACCGAGCCAUGAAACUGGAACAAGAAUUCACAGAGUGCUUCUCGGCCAUCGUGGAAGGCGAGAGUUUCGAGGAGAUCUACCACAAAAUCAAGCGGAUUAUCGAGGAACUUUCGGGGCCGUACAUCUGGAUCCCGGCCCGGGAGAGACUUUAGGGGGGGCGACCCCCCCCCCGCCCCCACUCGGCGGGACCCACAAGCCCUUGGCCGCGGAACUGAGCCGUUCGUUUCGGGGAGGAGGUUUCGGGAACGGAGGUGGGGGGGGGGAUCCGGUCUGUUUCUUUCUUUCUUCUCCUUUCUGAAAUUUUUUUUCUCGCCAUCCUUCGCCUGGCUCCUGCCCCGCCGCCCCCCCCGACGAAGAUCCGCCCCCCCGACGAAGAUCCGCCCCCGUCUCUUCGCCCCCCCGGCCCGCCCGCUUCGAGGAGAGCGCUCUGUGCAUGCUUGUCUUUUUUUCGAGAGGUGGUGGCUCGUGACGUCUGCGCUUCUGGCAUUUUGCUAUUGUCCCCGGCCCCCGCCGGGCCGCCCCCCCCCCCGCCCGUCGGAUCCGGACCCGGGAUCCGAUCGAGGAGACGCGCCGAAAGGACCGGAAACGGCGGGCGGAGGAACGAAAGGCGCCCCGGAAAAAGGGUGGCCCGGCCUCGCCUCGCCGGAGGAGCGGAAACCGGAUUCGGCGCCAGGUGGAGUCGACGUCGGAUUCGGCGCCAGUGGACUCGACGCCGGAUUCGGCGCGGCCUUCGAUGGAUCGCGUGGUGGGGGGGGGGCGGGGAAAACGAACAACGUGGAAGGAUAAAGCCGGGGAAACCGGAUUUAAAAAAACCGACCGACCGACCAACCCCUUUCCGGGCCUCGUUAGUUUAUUUUUUUUCUGUUGGCCGGGGACAGAGGUGAAAAUUCCCCGCGAUCUUUCUACCCGACCGAAGGGCAACCAUCUUUUGAAUCCACCGCGGGAAGGCGCGUCGGCGAGAGACACCCCCCCCCCAGCGCCGUCUCCGAGAGACCCCCCCCCGUCGCCGUCUCCGAAAGGCAGCGCCAACUGUUUCCGCUCCUUCCCCAAGGCGGAUCGGACCCGUUCUUUUCCGUUCCGAUUUUUCGUCCUCGCUCCGGUUCAUCUCCUUCCCUUUUCGGGCGCAUGGUGGCUUCGAAAAAACACACGGGGAAAAACAAACAAACAAACCAACAACAGGAAAACGUGACAACAACAAAAAAAAGCAUUUUCGCUGUUCGGCAAUUUCUAUUUUUCUUUCCGGGCGGAGAAAAGACUCGGGGGGCGGGGUUGGGGGGGAACGGAAACACGGUUUCGACGUUCUGUGAAUAUCUAUAUUUUUUUCCCCUCGCGGGGUCACGGGGAGUCUUUUGGUCCGGCUGUGCGUGAUUGUACGAACCCGGGGGAGGGAGGGGGUCGGACGCUCCUUCCUCUGCUCGUUACCGGGAUUUGCAUUUGGGACAUGUUCUUAAUUAUGACGAUGCUUCUUUCUUUUGUUUUUUUUUUUUCUUUUUCGGUUCUUUUUUGGUAUAUAAACUCCAGCCGGCCGCAGAGACCCUUGCUAGAAAAAAGACCGACCGCCUCCGGCCCGAGCGAUUCGGCUAGCGGUGAAUUCGGUGUGGGGGGCGCCCCCCUCCCUCCCGCCCCACGGCAAGGGGGAAAGGCCGGGGGGGGGAGAGAAAGAAGGGGGUUGGGAUGAGCAGUAGAUACCAAGAAACAGGAAUAGCUGAGUAUCGUGGGGAGAGCGGGGCAGGAUGGGAGCCAGGACGCCUGGGUUCUCUCCCCGGCUCUGGGAGGAGAGUGGGGGCUGGUGGUUAGAGCAGGGUGGGCUGGGAGCCCGGACUCCUGGGUUCUCUCCCCAGCUC